CAGAGCGGAGUUUACUUCAGCAGACUCACUCUUAUUCCAGCGGCGGAGACUCACGCGCGCAGACACACACGGACACCGGGCUCUCGUCUCUCUUCACGCCGCUCUCAGGCUGCGCACACGCGGCCAUGGCUCCCAUCACGUGCCGGGUGCAGUUCCUGGAGGACUCGGACCCGUUCGUGUGCACCAACUUCCCCGAGCCCCGCAGACCUCCGCUGGUGGAGGUGGAACAGGACCUGCCUCUGAGUGUGCAGAUCGCGGGGAUACACAAGCUCCUCAACGCCCCCCUCAAGUUGGAGGAAUGCACGCUGCAGCUCUCUCCCAGUGGAAACUACCUGGACCUGGACUCCUCUCUGGACGAGCAGAGGGACGAGCUGGAGACUUUCUACGAGGACGUAGAAAAAGGAAAGAAGCCGAUCGUCAUUCUGAGGACUCAGCUGUCUGUGCGCGUUCACUCCAUCCUCGAAAAGUUGUACAACUCCCAAGGCCCUGAGCUCCGGAGGUCGCUGUUUUCACUCAAGCAGCUUUUCCAGGAUGAUAAAGACCUGGUCCCAGAGUUUGUGGCGUCUGAAGGUUUGACGUGUUUCAUUAAAGUCGGAGCAGAGGCCGACCACAACUACCAGAACUACAUCCUCAGAGCCCUGUCUCAGAUCAUGCUGUUUGUGGACGGCAUGAACGGCGUGAUUCAGCACAAUGAGAUGGUGCAGUGGCUCUACACGCUCACAGGAAGUCUGUCUCGUCUCGUGGUGAAAACUGCGCUCAAACUGCUCAUAGUGUUUGUGGAGUAUUCAGAUCCGAACGCCAGGCUGCUCAUCAGGGCCGUCAACACAGUGGAUGGAAGAAGAGAUGAAAAGCCCUGGAGCUACAUUAUGGACGUCCUGGAGGAGCGGAACGGAGCCGACUCUGAACUCCUCAUGUUCACAAUGACUCUCAUCAACAAGACAUUGGCGGCGCUCCCAGACCAGGAUUCCUUCUACGAUGUGACGGACAGCCUGGAGGAGCUCGGGAUGGAUACGAUUGUCCAGAAACACCUGAACAACAAGGCCACAGAGGCAGACCUGAGGGCUCAGUUCACCACAUACGAGAACGCCUUGAAAUACGAAGACGGCGAGAUGGAAGUCCCCGCUCCGACCGUCCGUAAAGAACGCCGAAAACCAGCUCAGUCCUCCGGCCCCGAACAGGAGGGACGGAGGAGCCGACGGACGUCAUCCCAAAACCUGCCGGACCUCGUCUCCUCCUCGUCUUCCUCAUCCCCCUCUCCCUCGCCCACAACGACCGUCACCUCCCCCCGUCUAAACCGCGUCACGUCGCCGCUCACCAUCUCCUCUCCGUCUCCGACUCAAAACGUAACGUCUCUUAACCUCCGUAACCAGAUUCCAUCUCCAACCAUAUCGUCCCCGUCGCCUACUGAAAAUCUUACCUCUCCAACUCUAAACAAUUACGUGCUGUCGCCAACCAUCUCUUCUCCAUCGCCGACUCAAAACAUAACUUCUCCAAACCUCCAAAUUCUAUCUCCGACCAUCUCUUCUCCAUCUCCUACUGAUAACGUCACCUCUCCUUUUUCACCAACCAUCUCUUCUCCAUCUCCAACCCAAAACGUAACGUCCCCCGGCUUCGGUAACGGUCGGCAAUCGUCUUCGGAGACUCCCAAACAAAACAGCAGACCCACGUCCCCCGUCGCGCUGAACUCUGACCCCAGUAGCUCCGCCUCCAGCCCGUCCACGUCGCAGAGAGGGUCCCCGGUCGCGACGCACAGGGUCCCGAACGGAAACGCCGCGACCGAGCAGGAGACGAAAGGGUCGCCGAGUUCGGGGCGGUCUUUCCUCAGUCACCACAUAUCAGCUCUGGGACUCAGCAGGAGGUCCAGGUUUUUCACCAAGAGCAGCUCCAUCUGUGAAGAGCCCGCUGCAGCGCACAGCCCCUCGCCCCCUGAACCGUCCCACUCGGAGCAGCAGUCUUCACAGGAGCAGAACAAGAGCGAGAGCAAAACCAGCUUCAACUCUGGGGAGGAUGAGCCCGUGUUUUGCGCGGACGAAGUUAAUGUUAAACAGGACAAACCCAUUUUCAAGAUGUUUGAAGACAACUUCCUGCGUAGCCUGGCAGCGACCCAGUGGGAGAAGAGGAGACGGAGUAAACAGCGUUCUCGUCUGGCCUCCACCGAUGACGCCGUCGCCCCGACCCCGACCCCGCCCCCGCCGACCAAAGAGGAAACGAGCAGCGUCCCAGCAGAGGAUCACACUCCACAGAGUUCAACAAACUGGAGUUCAGACACAAACGGACACACAGACUCACAAAAUGAAAAAGCCGGUUCAUACCAGAGACCGGCCAGCACUCUGUCUGAAGAUAAGAAGUUUGUCCUGGACAUGCUCUACUCCAAGUCCAGCCCUGAUCCUCUGAGCUCCAUAGAAGAGGGCUCCUCACAGCCCGCAGACAGACCCCGCAGACCUCUGGUGAUGGUGGUGUCCGGGGGAGACACGGGCAGUGUGGGUCGUGUGCUGGAGCGUCUGUCCAGCAUCAGGCGCUCAGUGGAAAGUCCCACUGACACCAGCGCCUCCCGCAGGGCAGAGCUGGAAGGACUGGAGGGCUCCGCACAGGCCGCUCUGGCUCGACUCGCAGAGGAGAAACAGACUCGCUCUCUCCGGUCUCAGGCCAGUGUGGACAUCGAGACCCACACCAAGCGUCUGGAGGGGACUCAGAUGACCCCUCUGGGCUCAGGAGGCUCCGAGGCCUGGGACCAGAUCCAGCCCUCGGCCGCAUCCCUCCGCAUCAAGGACCUCGACUUCUCAGACCUGCUCGAUGAAGAGGACAUUGACGUGUUGGACAUGGACACUAUGGAUGCGAGUUCUCGUUUAUCAGGGGCCCCUCCUCCCCCGCCUCCUCCGCCUGGCUCUGGACCUCCACCUCCCCCGCCUCCCCCUCCUCCGCCUGGGUUUGUGUCUGGGAUACCCCCACCUCCCCCUCUUCCCCCCGGCUCUGCUCCACCACCUCCCCCGCCCCCUCCUCCUCCUCCUCCUGGGUUUGUUUCAGGCGCUCCUCCACCUCCCCCUCCUCCUCCUCCACCACCAGGGGGCGGCAUUCCCUCGGCCCCGGCCCCUCCUCCCCUGGGCUCUGCGUUCGGAGACGUGCCCAAGAAGAAGAAGAAGACGGUGAAGUUGUUUUGGCGGGAGCUGAAGCAGGCGGACGGGGGACCUCAGAAGUGCAGGUUUGGGCGCGGGACCGUGUGGGCGUCGCUGGAUAAGGUUACCGUGGAUACCGCCAAACUGGAACAUCUGUUUGAGUCCAAGGCCAAAGAACUGCCCAUGAACAAGAAAGGGCCGGAGCUGAAGAAACCUGAGAUCCUGGUGCUGGACUCGAAGAGGAGCAACGCCAUAAACAUCGGGAUGACGGUUCUUCCCGCUGUUCACGUCAUCAAGAGUGCCAUUCUCAACUUCGACGAGUUCGCCAUCACCAAAGAAGGCAUCGAGAAGAUCUUGACCAUGGUGCCCACAGAGGAGGAGAAGCAGAUGAUCCAGGAGGCUCAGCUCGCCAACCCCGACGUCCCUCUGGGCACAGCUGAACAGUUCCUCCUGAGUCUGGCCUCCAUCAGCGCCCUGACCCCGAGACUACAACUCUGGGCCUUCAAACUCAACUACGAGACUCUAGAGAAGGAGAUCGCUGAGCCUCUGUUCGACCUGAAGUUGGGGAUGGAGCAGCUGGCGUCUAAUCAGACGUUUAAAAGGAUCCUGGCCACGCUCCUCGCCAUCGGGAACUUCCUCAACAGCUCCAACGCCAAAGGUUUUGAGCUGAAUUACCUGGAGAAGGUGGUGGAGGUGAAGGACACGGUGCAGCGUCAGUCUCUGCUCCAUCACACCUGUAACCUGGUGCUGGAGAAGUACCCCGAGUCCACAGACCUGUACUCGGAGAUACCAGCCAUCACCAGAUCCGCCAAAGUUGAUUUUGAGCUGCUCUCUGAAAGCCUGGCGCAGCUGGAGAGACGCUGCAAAGCAUCGUGGGACAAUCUGAAGGUGGUGGCCAAACACGAGACGAAGGCCACGCUGAAGAACAAGCUCACGGAUUUCUUAAAGGACUGCACCCAGCGGAUCAUCAUUCUGAAAGUGGUCCACAGACGAGUGAUAAACCGCUUCCACUCGUUCCUGCUGUUUCUGGGUCAGCCUUCGUUCUCGGCGCGCGACGUGAAAAUCACAAACUUCUGCAGAAUCAUCAGUGAGUUUGCCCUGGAGUAUCGCACCUCGAGAGACCGAGCGCUGACCCUGAAGAGGAAGAAGGCGGCGCACAGGGAGAGGACCAAGACCAGAGGAAAGAUGAUCACUGAGACGGAGAAGUUCUCGGGGGCGGUGCCUACGGACAGCCCCGCCCCCGUCUCCAUGGCGGCGGACGUGGAGGCGGAGCAGCAGGAGGAGCACGAGAACAUGAGGAACCUCCUGAUCAGCAGCGGGGCCGACAGUCUGACUGUGGGACAGGGUCUGAGGAGGUCCAGGGCCGUGCGCAGUCACGGCGGCAGAGUCAGUCCCUCUCACUCGGUUUCGUCUAAAGAAGACGCCAGCCCUCAGGACGACGCCACAGACGAGAUCAUGGACCGUCUGGUGAAGUCCGUUACCCAGAAUCCCUCCGACCGACAGUCCAGCCCCAAGAACCGCAAACGCUCCCGGGUCAACAGGAAGUCACUGCGGCGGACGUUGAAAAGAGGCCUGACCGGAGAAGUGGUCCAAGCUUUAGGUCUCAACCAGAAAACUCAAAACUCAAAUAUUUAAACAGUGAAAUUAUCGCUAUAUUUACCUUUUUAUCGAUCAAAGGACAAACACGAUCAGUAACACACACAUGGACUCAUAACCGGGACGUCACGUAAACCUGCUUUUAAUGGACAAACCCAACGCACUUUGCACCACUGUUGCUUAGUUACACAAUGUUAAAGACUUCAUUCACACUUUUACCUGUGGCUGUUUUAGGUUUAUGAAUUCAAACACAAGCACUAAGCCAAGUUAUUUAAGGUGUUGUUGUUUUUUCUUUUUCGUUAAGUUAUUGUGAAAUAGA